AUGAUCGCUUUUUCCAUGACGCCAAAAGGCCUGUCACCAUUGCUUCUGUGUUUACAUGCGGUGACGGUCAAUGCCACGGAUGACACGCAGUAUCCAGACCUCGUCAGAUCACUGAGAACAAGCCCGGCGGAGCUCGGCAAGCUAGGAAUACUCCCUGAUGAUAAAAACUGGACCUUUAAUUACUUCGCCCAUCGAUUCCAUACUCAUACUCCCGGCGGAGUCGUAAACGCCGAUGCAGCCACAUUCCCAGCAACCGUGGGCAAUGGCAUGACCAUGGCUUGGAUCAGCCUCGGCCCCUGCGCCAUGCUGACACCACACUACCACGCUCGUGCUUCCAACUACGUCGUGUCGGUUGCGGGGACCACCGAGACAUUCAUGACGUUGGAAAACGGCGCUCCUGUCGUCAAGACGAAGCUGGAACCAGGGAUGAUGACUGUCUUCCCCCAGAGCAGCCUGCACAUUAUGCAAAACAUAGGCUGCGGGAACGCUACUCUGAUAUCGGCCCUGAGCUCAGAGGACGCCGGCACACACAACGUUGCCAAUGGACUGUUUGGCCUCCCUCCAAGCGUUGUUGCCGCAUCGUUUGGCGGCGACUCCCUGUCGGUCAAGUUCGCGCAGCUUCGCCGCGACAUUCCGGCAGUUGGCACUGGUGCCUCGAUCGGCACUGCUGAAUGCCUUCAGCGUUGUGAAGCCAGCGGUUCCAAGUAG